AAUUUCUGAAUUUCCCAGAUGACGUGCCUCCUUAUGCCACUUCAGAUGAGAGAAUUGUUGAAAUUCAUGGAGAGGGCUUGAAGGUGCUUGAUGCUUUGGAGGCGGUAUUGGGACAACUGAGAAAGUUUUUGGUUGAUCAUAGUGUGAUACCUAUAUUUGAAAAGACGUGCAAUGCAAAUAUCUCUCAAGAUCGGCCAGCGGAGUCCUGGGCUGAUAAAUCACAAUCCUCAAAUUUUCCACCUUCUGUUCCUGCACCUACAUCCCAAGCUCUGGCAGUUUCUGAUUAUUCUCUUUCCAUGAACCGAGACACUUACUUCCUUGAUCGUGAUCCCACUCUGGACUCUAAGCUUCGGCCCUCUACACUAUCUCUGUAUGGACAGGAUCCUGGACUUGGUGGCUUGCGAACUUCUGUAGCUGGCCGAACUGGUCCCAUUGUAACACAGAUGACAAAGGUAAUGCAAGUACCCCUGUCGUAUGCUGAAGAUAUCAUUGGUAUUGGAGGAGCCAAUAUAGCAUAUAUUCGCCGCACAAGUGGGGCAAUUCUUACUGUGCAAGAGAGCAGAGGCUUGCCUGAAGAGAUAACUAUAGAGAUUAAGGGUACCUCGUCAGAGGUUCAAACAGCCGAACAGCUUAUUCAGGAGUUCAUUAGCAACCACAAAGAGCCAGCCCCGAGCAUAUAUGGGAUGGGUGAGCCUGGAUUUGGUUCUUUUUCACGUUUCAGUGACUCCUAUUCAUCAUCUUCGUUUCAAUCUCAGCGUUUAGGGGGGUAUGGAUCUUCUAGUAUAGGUGGAUACAACAGUUUUAGAUACUAAGAGCGGGUAGGCUUUAGAAUAGUUCCUGGGAAAGGUUCUCUUUUACAACUUGUGGAACCCUACUUUAAAAUGGAUUCAUGUAUGUAAUUAACUUUCUUAAAUUCUAAUGAAAAGUUAGUAUCGAAACUUAGUGGUAGAUAAAAGUUAUUAUUGUCA